AUGGGGUCAACGCCAGGAUCUCAUGGAUCAGGUCGGUGUCUGUUCCCUCGAUUUUCACCUAGUUUUCUUUGAUUUCAGAUUUUCCCUUCUCCAGAUUAUUUCUUCAAUUUAAUAGUAGUCGUAUUUUCCCAAUUUUGAGUUAUCCUUAAUUUUCUUAUGAUUUCCCUAUAGUAGUAGUUUGCUUCGACUUGUCAUCACUCAAAUGGGAUCCGAAAUUAGAUCACAUGGUCAGAUCGAUGCCGGCUCUUUCUGGAUACCUCAUUAUUUCGUCUCUUUGGUCGUUUAUAUUGGUUCCUUUUUCUGUUUCUGAUACUCUUCACUCUGAGUUUCUUGUUGUCGCUUUUAAAUCCUUCGCAUUUGAUUAUUUUUGUUUUGAUUGAGACUCUGAGAAAGUCAUGCCUUUUUCUUCAUUAGUUUUCCUCCAGUUUUUAACCUAACAUAGUGGACGACAAAAUGAACGGAAUCACCCCAGUUUUAGUAAUAUUUUUGGAUAUAAAAUAGCUUAUAUGUUAGCGAGGACAUUAUUUGUGUCGUUACCUCCUUGUUGCGUUCAGAUGUAAUUUGUCUCUCUUAAAUUUUGUAGGGGUCACUAGAGAUGCAUUAUACAGAGAGCUCUGGCAUGCCUGUGCUGGACCAUUAGUCUCUGUACCUCGGAAAGGGGAAAGAGUUUAUUACUUUCCCCAAGGUCACAUGGAACAGGUAUACAAGGUUCAGUAUUUUUGAAAAUGAAUAAUGAUCGUUUGGUCCUUCCAUUUUAAUUAUCAUCAAACUUCUUGUAGCUCAAAGCGUCAACUAAUCAGGGUCUUGACCAGCAAAUGCCUUCGUUUAAUUUGUCAUCGAAAAUUCUUUGUAGAGUUGUGCAUGUGGAGCUUCAGGUAAGUCCUUUUCUUGGUUAUAUGCGUACAUUCUAUCACGUUUUGUAUCGUUAUAUUUGGUUGUAUCUGUGGGUUUUUGUGUUUUGUACUGACGCAUCAUUUUAAACUCAAGGCUGAGCCAGAAACAGAUGAAGUUUUUGCGCAUGUUACCCUGCACCCUGAACCAGAUGUAAGUCCUCACUGUGUCCUGGUCCUCACCAGAUUUUUCUUUCUAUUAUACCUUGUUUAUUUGUCCUAUAGUUUAUUGUGAAAAUAGUUAGUAAUUUCCCACGCUAAUUCUUUGAUUUGAUUUCUCUAAAAUAGAAUGUUCAACAGAUGUCAUUGUAAACCUGAAAUUACGACUGACAGAAAAAAUAUCUUCUGUGCGACGUUAGAUUUUUGGCUUCUAGUAAAUAUUCUCGAAUUUAUUGCGUAGUUCAAGAUUGAAUGACUUUAUAUUGUAUUGAUACUAUGACGACUAGACAUACUAUCUCACCUUCAAUUCGUAACUACUUGGGUUUACUUAGUCUGACGCAUAGAGUUCAUGAUUGAAGCUUUUUUAGCGUAAUAUCUUUGUUCUCUUUAAAAGCCCAAGAUGUGGUCAGAACUGUCAAAAACUGAUGAAUGACAUUCGUACCCAGCUACCUAUAUAAGCAUUCUAGGGCUAUUGCGUUUCUUAUGUUUAAUUGCUUUCCGUAAUUAAUCAGCAAAGCGAGGUAACAAGCCCAGAUUCUCCACUUCCUGAACUGGAAAGGUGUUCAGUGCGCUCUUUCUGUAAGACACUUACUGCAUCAGAUACAAGUACGCAUGGAGGUUUCUCAGUUUUGAGAAGACAUGCUGAUGAGUGUCUGCCUCCCCUUGUGAGUUUAGACCUUAUUUUCAUCAAUCUCUGAAGAAUGUAUUUUUAUUGUUAAUAUUAUCAGUUCCUUACUCUAUGUUUUCUCGGUUUUUAUCUUUUCAGGAUAUGACCCAGCAGCCACCUUGGCAGGAAUUAGUUGCCUCUGAUUUGCAUGGCAAUGAAUGGCAUUUCCGUCAUAUAUUUAGAGGUAAGUGGCUUAGUUUCUUCCGUAGUCAUUUGGAGCCUAAAUAGUUUUCUGGCUUUUCAGUCAUCAGAACAGUGAAGUUGCUUGUCUAUAGUUUAUUCAAUGGCUAUGACAUUCAUUUAAGAUGAAAUUUUUAGUUUGAAAAGAAAAAAUAAAAUGCAAUAAAGUGAAUUUUAUUUCAGUUGCUUGGUACGUAUCUGAGAUGGCCAGGAGCGUUGACCAAUUACUUAAGUUUCCAACUGUGAUAAUGACAUAUAAUUUUAUGUUUUUGAUUCGUGAAUCUAUUUACGAUGAUAUGUGUCUAGAUUUAAAAAGGGUUAUUUUCUUUAUAAUGCAUUCCCUUACCCCGCUUGUGCAGUUAUGACCAUAGAUUUCACAAUUUCACAUUAAAUGUUUUCUAUAUACGAUGCUAUUCUAAGCCUCUGUAGGAAUUCAGUGAAGAAUCUGCUUUGUAGUUGUAAGCUCCAGAAACGUGAAUGCAGUGCAGUCUCUAUGGUUUUACUCACGAGUCUGAAGAACAGAAGAAUUCUUUCCGUUUCAGGACAACCUAGGCGGCAUCUGCUUACAACAGGGUGGAGUGUUUUUGUAAGCUCAAAAAGAUUGGUUGCAGGCGAUGCAUUCAUCUUCCUAAGGUAAAUAGCAUUUGUUUUGUUUGGAGUUGGUACAGUCCCUUCCGCCAGAAUUUGAUAAAGAUCUUGAUGUUUUUGUCUCUAGGGGUGAGAAUGGAGAGUUACGUGUGGGUGUAAGGCGGCUUAUGAGACAAUUAAGCAACAUGCCAUCAUCUGUCAUAUCAAGUCACAGCAUGCACCUUGGUGUUCUGGCUACUGCAUCCCAUGCUGUAACGACGGGGACUAUCUUCUCUGUUUUUUACAAGCCAAGGUGGUUUCUCUUUGCGUUUGUUUUUACUGCAUGGUACCGUGUUUUUGUCUACCGUGUCUAGUUGAAUGUUGACUUACAGUUUCGAUCUUGCGUUACUUUCUUCCUCUGCAUUGUGCAUUCUGUAGAUGAUCUGUUGCUUUUAUUGUUGGAUCGUGGUUGUUGUUCCCUGGGCAACUCAUUAAUGUUGAAAUUUGUGAUGUCCUCACAUCAGAACUAGUCCAUCAGAGUUUAUUGUCAGUCUGAACAAGUAUUUGGAAGCCAAAAAUCACAAACUCUCUGUUGGGAUGAGAUUCAAGAUGCGUUUUGAAGGGGAUGAAGCUCCUGAAAGAAGGUACAUACAGCAGAUGUUUGGUUUCAAUGCUCUGGAGAAGAAAGAAUCUCCUGAAGUAUGGUGCUUGAUGCUUCGCGUACAUCCUGUCAUUCAGGUUCAGUGGGACUAUAAUUGGUGUCGGAGACUGCGCAUCAUCUCAUUGGGUGGAUUCAGAAUGGAGAUCUCUCAAAGUAUGUUAUGUUAUGUUAAGAGAACAUUUUUCUCUCAAAAUCUUGUGGCUUGAGAACGGAGAUCUCUCAAAGUCUGUAUUUGUAUGAGAGUUUUUUUUUUGUUUUCUCUCUCAUUUGACUUUACUGUGCAUCGCUGUGUAGGUCCAGUGGGAUGAACCAUCCUCCGUUCCACGCCCUGAAAGAGUCUCCCCGUGGGAGUUGGAGCCUCUUGUUUCAUUCAGCUCUCCGACUGCGCAACCUGCAGCGAGAAAUAAGCGAGCUCGCCCUCCUGUUUUGCCAACUCCUGAACUUCCCCCAGCUUUUGGUACUAAUAUCACACUUACUUUCUCCUACAAAUCUUUUGGUUAAUAGUCUUCUCUUUUCUUCGUUCAUCUGGAUUCUAUCAUGGCAAGGACUCCCCAGAAAUAGAAACGAAUUGGGAACAUAUCAUCAUAUCUUCUGACCAACUAUACUCCUUUGCAUCCGUCACCUUCUCCUUUUGUUCAUUCUUUUUCAUCUUUGUUACUCGUUGACUUUUUACCAGACAACUAGAUUCUUGGUUCCUCAUGCAGGAUUGUGGAAGGCUCCUGCUGAGGGCUCCCAGCCGUAUUCAUAUCCUGGUCCUCACCGAGGACGAGAAGCAUUUGCAGCUCCUGCCGCUCCUCUUCUCUCCCCAAAAUCAGCCCCUGGGUCUGGAGGCUUAUCUGGAAGUAGUGCAUCGCCCGCUGUGCUGAACAAUUCGAUCUACUGGGCAACCAAGGCGGAAGCCCAAACCGAUUCAUAUUCUGUCAACAAAGAGGCUUGUGAGAAGAGACAAGAGAUUGGAAGUGGCUGUAGGUUAUUUGGCAUUCAGCUGGUGGAAAGCUCCACCAUUGAGGAGACCUCCCCCGUGACGGCUCUCUCGGAGGGCAUCAGAGAAGAUCAACAUGUCUCCUGUUUUGAGCUAGAUUCUGACAGACAGUCACAGCCGUCGAACCCUAAUGGCUCCGACGUCCCUGCCACCAGCAGCGAACCUGAGAGGUCUUGCCUCAGGUCACCUCAUGAGACCCAGAGCAGGCAGAUUAGAAGCUGCACCAAGGUUUCAUUUCAGACCCCCCCCCCUCUCCCUCCUCCCUUAGUUUCGCUUUAUUUCCUUUCUCGGGUUGAUAUGACGGGUGUCUGGGUGCCUGCCUACUACUACUCUUCCAGGUGCACAUGCAGGGCAUGGCCGUGGGCAGAGCGGUGGACCUAACGAGAUUAGAAGGCUACGACGACUUCUUCUUCAAGCUGGAGGAGAUGUUCGGCAUCCAGGGGGAGCUCUCUGGCGCCUCCAAGAAGUGGCAGGUCGUCUUCACGGACGACGAGGAUGACAUGAUGCUCGUCGGAGACGACCCCUGGCAGUAACUCUUCUUCUCCCCGCUCCCCAACCCCAUUCAUUAGUCAACGAGUCUCUCCUCUCCAUUAGCCCUGAUUUGGCUUGCCUGUCUUCCUCUUGUUUUGUUUCCGCCUGAUUGCAGCGAGUUCUGCGGCAUGGUGAGGAAGAUCUACAUCUACGCGUAUGAAGAAGCCAGGAGGCUGGCGCCGAAGCCCAAGCUGUCGCUGGUGGCCCCCAGCUGCGAGGAUGAUGAGGUCGGCGAGGGACCUGGAGGCCUCGACGACGUCCCCCCGUCGUCCCCAGACAGGCCCUGA